AUGAAGGUUUUAUACAUGUCGACUGUCGGUCUACUGGCAAUAUGUGCCCCUGUCCUCGCAAGUCCAAUUUUCUCCCAGUCUGUCUUGUCGGCGUCAGUCCAGCUACCUGGGGAUGGAAGCGGCCAUUACUCCCUGGCCAUGUUUGAUCCGAAACCGUGGGAGCGGCUCCUAGAGAUCCAGCUGGCUCGCAAGGGUUAUCUCUAUGGGCCACCUCUUCUCGGGAAUACCUCUGCUUUUCCAACGGGCAUCCUGGGUGAUGCUAUGGUCGCGCGUGAUCGCGCCCUGUGGUUCAAAGACGUAGAAUAUGUAACGCAGAACGUCUAUCCAGAGCUGGAGAAGGCAGCUGCAGCGCUUGUGCAGAAUGGUGGUCUAGGGGAUCUUUCCAGCUUUAAAGCAAUCUACGAGAAUCAAUGGACCGCAACGAUUCCGGACGGUGUGGCUCCAGGGAUGUUGAGCAAUUGGACGCAAGAUCUUUUGUUCUCCAUGGAAAGGCUUUCUACCAAUCCAUAUGUUGUGCGUCGACUGAAUCCGCGUCACGACGUCCUUCCCUUCCUAGUAGAGGAUCGCGUCGUGCGGCAUCUGGCAGCCGGAAGAACACUCGCAGACCUACACGAAGAAGGCCGUUUGUUUACGGGAGACCAUUCCUAUCAAGCGAGGUACUCUCAGACUCCGAAUCGCUGGACGGCUGCCUGUACAGGUUACUUCUUCAUCCAUCCUUAUUCAGGGGAGUUCCUGCCAUUGGCGAUUAAGACCAACAUGGGUCGUGAUUUGACUUAUACCCCGCUGGACGAUGUGAAUGACUGGUUGUUUGCGAAAAUGGCCUUCAGCAUGAAUGACCUUUUCCAUUCCCAGCUGUACCACCUGGCGAAUACUCAUGACGUGGCAGAGCCCGUGCACCAGGCUGCUCUCCGAACAAUGAGCUCUCGGCAUCCCGUGAGAGGUUUCUUAGACCGAGUGAUGUACCAGGCAUAUGCGGUGCGUCCUAUCGGGACAGAGUUUCUGUUCAACGAGGGUGGUUUCUACGAUAGUUCAUUUGCCCUACCAAACUUCGCCGGUACAAAGUUCGCAACAGAAGCAUACUGGGGACACGCAGGGCACUUUCGAGCGACCGGAUUUCACCGCGACAUGGCAGACCGAGGGCUGAUUGACUGCAACUACGGCCCAAAGCUGACAUCAUUUCCUUUCUAUUCCACCGCAUCGCCUAUGGUGGAUGCCAUACAGGACUUUGUGCGCGAGUUCGUAGCGUCAUAUUAUCCCUCUGACGACCUCUUAGCCGAAGACCAGGAGCUGCAGGCAUGGAUCGUCGAAGCCAACGACGAAGCCGACGUGCUCGACUUUUUCAAGCCGCCCCUCGAUGACCGUGAGUCCCUCACUUCUAUCCUCUCACACAUGGCCUUCCUUUCCGGUAUUGCCCAUCAUGCUCUUAACGGAGCCACAGUCGGCGAGGCCUCUGGAAUUCUUCCUUUACAUCCCUCGUCAUUCAACCGCCCACUGCCUGAGACCAAGGGAAGUAUAACAUCCCUUCUCCCCUAUCUACACAACGAAACGGAGGCUAUCAAGCAGGCAUCCUUGUUAGUCCGUUUUAAUCGUCCCUUGCUUGACGAGCAGGAGGGAAAUCUUCCACAUAUGUUCUCAGGCAUUGACUUUCUUUCGCGAACCGAGACGUCAGUGCAAUUAGCCGAGUCACGGUUUCGGGAGCGCAUGUUGAAGAUAAGUGACUCUAUUCGUGCGAUGGAGUUUGAUGAGAGAGGACUGUCGCAGGGAAUGCCAUUCAUUUGGAGAUCGAUUGAUCCGAGGAAGAUUCCUUUUUAUUUAUGCGUCUAA